CAACAUGUCCGUGCAAAACAGAGCGUUAUCAUUCUCCAAGAUGUUGGUCUCUGGUUCCCCACUAGAUGGAGUGCCCUACAUUUUCUUUAUCCUGAAGGGACUCGCUUCCGCAAUCCGUAUGCAAACACUGUAGCCUAAUGUCAAGUGGAAGCAAUGUAGCAAACAACGAUCGUUUUGCACAGCAGGUGCCUGUCCGAAGAAAAUAUUUAAUAUUUAAUAUUGGGAUAGUAGCGAUUAUAGUAUUCUGAAGCUUUUCUCCUGUAUAGCAAUAACAAACUCGAUCUUUAUUUUAUAACAAAAACAAGGUAGGCUACUGGUAUGUUUCACUGUGAGGUCUUUGCCUCUGGCUACAUUGUUGACCUUCAGGAUGGACCUAAAAGAAAAGACAGCUGCCAUAUUGAAGCAAUAUGAAGUCGGGAGCAGAUUCUCGUACUUGCCGGUCUUGCCCAAAGCCUCGGUGUUGAUACCGCUGUUUGUGAGGGACGGAGAGGUCCACAUGCUGAUGACUCUACGCUCCCAAGAGGUGGGAAAGGGCCGUGUUGAGUGCAAUAGAGAUUGCGUCAUCUGUGGAUCUGAGUGGUCUAUCUCAUCCAAAUUGCGGCCUGCCGCUUCAGGAGGACACUCAUGUGCUAGCAAGGCAGACGUCCUGGGUUUGCACCAGCUGAGGACCAACGCAGGCGAGGUGUGUUUCCCAGGUGGGAAGAGGGACCCGAGGGACAGGGAUGACGUGGACACGGCUCUGAGAGAGGCAGAGGAGGAGAUAGGCCUUCCUCCUGACCAGGUGGAUGUGGUCUGCACACUCUUCCCCAUUAUGAACAAGAGUGGUCUGUUGGUGACUCCAGUGGUGGGGUUCAUUGAGGCCUCAUUCUCUCCUCGCCCAAACCCAGCCGAGGUCAGCGCUGUGUUCACUGUCCCUCUGGAGUUCUUCACUAGAGCGAUAGACCACUCAUCCUACAGCGCGACUGGAAUUGCUGGCUUGCUCCACAGUUUCCAGUUUCCGGACCCUGAAUCAGGCAGCCACUAUCAGAUAUGGGGCCUGACUGCCAUUUUGGCUAUACUGGUCUCUGUCCUAGCCCUCGGAAAAAAGCCUGAGUUUGAGACCGGUUUUGAUUCUGAUGACCCGGUAUCUUUCUUCCAACACAAUCUGAACAAGAGGAUCAGUAAAUUAUGACAUAUAUCAAUGUUUAAAUUUUUCCAUUUCUUUUUAACCAGAUAAUUAUAUAAUGCAAUGUAAUGAUGGAGAGAUCAUAUUUUUCCCUAAAAUGUUGUAAAUGUGGAAUCAUGUGCAAUACCUACAUUCUUUACAAAAAUGUAUUUUAUUUUUUACUUUGAAUGUAAUUUGUGAAUAUUGUAUAUUGAUGACAAUAAAAAAGUAUGCUAUUACAGUUAAAUCAAUAAAUGCA